CAGACUGUCUUGUCACAAGCCGUCACUUUAACACAUACACCAAUUUCUUCUCAGCGUUAUUUCAAAUCUCAGUUUACACCUUCACACUGCUGCGUCUCUCUCUCUCUCUCUCUUUCUUUCUCAGAUUAAUCGCUGAGAAGAAGCAACCACCUGGAGACGGCGGAGAUGGCAGGGUACAGAGUGGAAGAUGACUACGAUUACCUCUUCAAAGUUGUUCUUAUAGGCGAUUCUGGAGUUGGCAAAUCCAAUCUCCUUUCCAGAUUCACUAAAAACGAGUUCAAUCUAGAGUCUAAAUCCACCAUUGGCGUCGAAUUCGCCACUCGUACCUUAAAAGUCGAUGGCAAAGUCGUUAAAGCUCAGAUUUGGGACACUGCUGGUCAGGAGAGGUACCGUGCCAUCACUAGUGCAUAUUACCGUGGAGCCGUGGGUGCACUCCUAGUAUAUGAUGUAACUCGCCGUGCAACAUUUGAGAACGUAGAUCGGUGGUUAAAGGAGCUCAAGAACCACACAGAUCCAAACAUUGUAGUGAUGCUGGUUGGUAACAAAUCUGAUCUCCGCCACUUGCUAGCUGUUCCUACAGAAGACGGGAAGUCCUAUGCGGAACAAGAAUCGCUCUGCUUCAUGGAAACAUCUGCCCUUGAAGCUACCAAUGUGGAGGACGCAUUUGCAGAGGUGUUGACACAAAUUUAUCGCAUCACAAGCAAGAAGCAAGUGGAAGCUGGUGAAGAUGGGAACGCCUCUGUCCCGAAAGGUGAGAAAAUCGAAGUUAAAAACGAUGUCUCUGCGCUGAAGAAACUCGGGUGCUGCUCAAAUUGAAGCCUUUUUUUGUUUUCACUGUUGAGAGAGAAUUAUAACCCCCAUGGUCCAUUGUUUGAUUAUGUCCUUGUUUUGUAACACUAUCGACAUUUGUAUGAGUUUUAGACCAUACACUACAUAAUGUUUAUUUAACUUUAUUUCAAGAAUUGUUGGUGAACCAGGCUCAAUAUGCAUCAGUUAAGCAGAGGAAUCUGGAUCUAAAAUGCCGACGUUCAUCUUCGAUAGUUGGAUCGUCGCUCUCCUUGUCCUCCAGUUUUGAUUCUAAUUUCCUCUGUCUUUGUAAUCUUCAAAAUCCAAAACCACAACUUCAGAACCGGGUCGGGUUGCGUUAUGUUGUCG